AUGAGGGAGGCUAGGGCCUCUUUACAGCCCAGCCCCCUCCUGUCAGGCCAAGAAGAGGAGGCAGAGCAAACCAGCGCAGCUCUAGCCAACGUUGUGAGGACUUCGCUGGAGACCAUUACGAUGGUCGCCACGAAGUCUUCACAACUGAAGGGAACAUACGUCCGGGCCCUGAAGGAUGCCGUAAAGGGCAUCCAAGAGGCGGUGUCCCAGAUCAGGGCGCGGACGAUGACGGAGGAGGUUGUGCGGCUGGAGGCCGCUAACUCCAAGCUCACGAAGGAGGUCGCCGACCUGCGCCGCGACUUGCAAGAGUUGCGGCAGCGACCAUCCCAGCCUGUGAGCUCGGAGCCUAGCCUCCGGCAGCUCCUGGAGGAGACAGCCCGUGCCAACGCCGAGAUGUUCGGCAACAUGCUGAACGCGCGGUUGGCCGGGAUUGAAGACCGUCUCCUCCCAGAGCCACGAAGGAGACCUCCGCUCGCGGCGGACACCAGAAGCGCCAGGGCAGACCCUGCUCAGUCUGCGCCAGCAGGGGCCCCGGUCGCUUCAACAAGCGGCAGUGGUCACCCCGUGACAGGACCGCCUGUCAAAAAGGCCACCAAAGAGGCUCCCGUAAACAGCCAGGCCUCUUCUGCUCCCCCUUCUUCGGGAAAGAAGGGGAAGAGCAAGAAGAAAAGUCUGGCUGCACAGGAGGCAGCAGAGGCUCGGCGCCAGCCUGCCCCUGCACCAACGGCGGAGCCGUGGACCGCUGUUGUUGGCCGAAAGGCCAAAAACAAGGCGGCCAAAGCGGCCAAAGCGGUCAAAGAGCCGCAAAAGCCUCGGCCCACGGCCCAGAAGAGGGCAAAGCUCCGGACACCAAGAACGGCAGCGGUAUCGCUGACGUUGGUGCCCGGAGUCGAGGAGAGAGGCGUAACAUACGCCUCGAUCCUCUCCGACGCCAAGCGGCGCGUCUCCCUCGCUGACCUCGGAAUCAGCAACAUGCGGUUCCGCAGGGCGGCGACGGGUGCGCGCCUGCUUGAGAUCGGAGGGGAGAACUCGGCGGCGAAGGCGGACUCCCUCGCCAAGAAGCUGAGGGAGGUCCUCAGCCCGGACGCGGUCAAAGUCGUCCGCCCAGUGAAGCGCGCGGAAAUCCGCGUCACUGGGCUGGACGACUCAGCCGACGCCAUUGAGGUGGCCGACGCUGUGGCCAAGGAAGGAGGCUGCGCGGUCGACGACGUGAAGCAUGGGCGGAUCGUCGUCGGACCGAGAGGGGACGGGUCCCUCUGGAUCAGCUGCCCAGUCGCAGCUGCCAAGAGGCUGUCCGACUCUGGCCGACUACUGGUCGGGUGGACGUCGGCCAGAGUGCGACUCCUCGACUCCAGACCGGCACGGUGCUACCGCUGUCUGGAGCCCGGGCACCUCGGGGUCAAGUGCUCCUGCGAGGUUGACCGCAGCCGACUGUGCUUCCGCUGCGGUCAACCCGACCAUCAGGCGCGGGACUGCUCGGCUGAGCCCCAUUGCCCCGUCUGUGCGACGGCAGGCAAACCGGCGGCUCACUCCAUCGGUGGCAGCGGAUGCAUUUCUGCUGCCAAGCCGGCAGCCAAAAGCCCGCAGGAGAGUGCGCCGAAGCCGAAGCGGCCAAAGCGCAAGGCCAAGGCCAAGAGGGCCGGGGCGGAGCAUAUGGACACCGUUCCUUGA